AUGUCUUUAACUUCAGCGUUACGACCAGGAGGACUACCAUUUGGUGCGGGGACAAAGCGAGAAAACACCCCGAUCGAUAGCCAUCAACCCCCGGCGCAGUCGUUCCAGCAUGAAGUGACCUACCUCAACCUCCAUCGAACCCUCAUUCGAUUCCAACACCUCAUUCUCCUUACCUCUUCUUCCUCUUCCGGUCAAAAGACGGAAUUAAGUUCCUUGCAGAGGCAAAUCCAGGGUGAACUAUGGUCUCCGUUGCCGUAUCAUCGCAACAAAUGGCUGCACAACAUAGAAGGAGCCCGAACAUUGCUCCUGCAAUUGGAACGAAAGGCUCAAGGGAUUCGAGUCCAACGAACCAAAUAUGAAGUCAUUAAAGACUUGGCCGAAAAGAGGGCGACCAUCAAGAGGUUACGGAAUAGGAUCGAAGAGAUCGGACGAGAGGUGGAAAUGAUGGGUACAGAAGAUUGGGAGCCACCCUUUGAUGAUGAAGGAGACAGCGUUUUCGGCGUGUUGCCACAGCAAUCAACUUCACAAGAGGUGGGCGAGAGGCCGAUCGAAGCCGGGUACGAUGAUGAUACGCUAAAGGAGGGGAGGCCUGUUACACAUUCGGAAGAGGAAGCCGAGGCGAAAGCUGGGAAAGGAAAUAAUGAUGCGCGAGAAGAAUUAUUCUCAUCCUCUGGCGCGCGGCGAAGGAGAGGCCAAGGGGAGAACCCAAACGGACCGGACGCACAGACAACGGGUUUCUCAAAUCGUCAAUCAACGGAGCGGUCAUUAUUAGAUUCUUCUCGUGUACAAGAAGACAUUACAAGCUCGCUCGUCAGCAUGGCAGCGCAAUUGAAGCAGCAAGGGAGGUCAAUUCAGUUUGCGCUGGAACAGGAUAAAGGCAUUCUGGGCCGGGCAAUCCGAGGAUUGGAUCUCAACCUGAGCGGAAUGGAAGCAGCCAGCAAGAACGUGGCCUUUUUACGCCGCAUGAGCGAAGAAGAAGGAUGGUUUGGUCGAGCCAAGUUGUACGCCAUGAUCUUUGCCAUGUGGAUUGUGGCGUUCCUCUUGGUUUUCGUCUGUCCGAAGCUGAGGUUCUGA